UUAAUUUACAAACACCCCAAAUUGAAUGACUGCAGAUAUCUUGGAGGUUUGUGGGACUGAAGGAGAUUAGAGAUACUAAGGGAUUUCAAAUCAAGGAUGAGAAUUCAGAAGAUUGAGCACAAAAUGAACAAGAAAAUCAAAACAGUCUAAUACAGAUGCUAUCCUCACGUGUCCACUGUAGCCAGUCUGCAAACACUUUGCUUCAUCCAUGCCAAAAUCUUUAUGUUGCCCUCCAUUUUGCUACUUUCACUGAUUUGUGACAACACGAGUUGAAAGUCUAUAAAAAUACAUUCCUGGAAGAACAGAAUUGAAAACAAGAGCAUUAUGUUAAACUUAGUUGGAUCAGAGUACUUGCAGAGGUCUAGACUCCAGAAAGCAUACAGAGGAGCCACUGAAAGUGCAAAACAAAAUUACAAGGCAGGUGCCAUAAUGGAGGCUACAUCUAUCAGGAAAGACAAAAGACUGAAAAGGGGAAGGAUGCAUCACACCAAGUUCUUUAAUUCGUGGAAGAUUUGAUUGGAUAGGCGCAGAUAAAACAUUUCCAUUUGUAGGCAGUCCAAAAAAAGAGCCUGAUGGAUAAGUUAGUUAAUAAAUCUAAUUUAAGAAAAAAAUAUUUAUUCAGAAAGUGGUGAGAAUAAGGAACUCCAGUUUGUAGGGUGUGGUUCAGGUGAUUAGUAUAGAUGCACAUGAGAGAAGAUGGGGUUUGAUGAAGGUAGGUGGAAGAGGCUUGUGGUGAAGCAGAAACAUCAAUAGUUGGUUUGAAUGACCUUUGUGAGUGCAGUAAAUUGUAUGUAAUUCCAGUUUUUCCAGGCUAGUAAACAUUUUACUGUGUUGACGAUAACAGCAUCACCUUCCCUUUUACAGGUGAUUAACAGGAACAAAACUAUGGCUACAGUUGCCACAUUUCGAAAUGUUUGCUCAUGGAACAGACGAUGUCUUCUAUUCUCACUGAGAUGGUCAGCCAAGUUGCUGCCAAAACCCAGAGUUGUACUGCCCGUGUGCAUUCCCUCGUCCAACCAGGCAAGCGGCCAGCAUCAUUCCUUGUCACAAUGUGCCGAGAUCCACACGUCUGCUGCUACUUGCGCAGGGCACAACAAAUGGUCAAAGGUGAAGCAUGUCAAAGGGCCGAAGGAUGCUGAGAGGAGUCGGAUGUUUGCUAAGUUCUCGAUAAUGCUUCGCUUUGCAGUGAGAGAGGGAGGCCCAGACCCUGAGUUUAACACACAGCUGGCCAAUGUCAUUGAGCAGUGUCGAGCCAAGAACAUGCCCAAAGCAUCCAUUGAAGCUGCUAUCAAAGGGGCAAAGUCCAAGGCUUCAAUCUAUUCACUGUAUGAAGGGAGAGGCCCUGGUGGAUCAUCCCUGCUGAUUGAAGUUCUAACAGACAACAAUAGUCGGUCACAUCAAGAAAUAAAAAACAUCCUGAACAAAAAUGGGGGCUCUCUGUGUGAGGGUGCUCGCCACUGCUUUGAGAGAAAAGGAGUGGUGACGGUGAAUGGACUGGACAACGAUGGUCAGCAGAUUGAGUUGGAACGUGCUCUAGAACUGGCAAUUGAAGCAGGGGCUGAGGAUGUUAAACAGGCUGAGGAUGAAGAAGACAAGGUGAUCCUGAAGUUUGUUUCUGACAUACCAUCUCUACAAGAUGUAAGAGAGAGGUUGAAGGCACUGGGAUUGCUGACUAUUACUGCUGUGCCUGAGUUUAUUGCCACAACCACAGUCCAGCUUACAGACCGAGAUUUGGAGGCAGCAUUUAGCUUGAUUGAACUGAUCGAUGGAUAUCGGGACGUUAUUAAAGUCUAUGAUAACAUAGAGUCACAAGGUUGACUGACAGCAAGAAAGAGAUUUCUGUACCUUAUUGGUUGCUGCAUCUAUGUUCAGGAAGUACAGUUGAAUAUUGAAUUGAGAUUGCAUGAGGACUAUAUCAAAGAUACUGAUAGUUAUGUCCUCUCUGCAUUGCCAAAUACAACUGUGACCCCCUCACUGAGUAAAGGUUGUGAUUACGUGACAGUGCUUGCAAUCAUGGAAUCCCUACAGUGUGGAAGCAGACCAUUCGGCUCAUCAAAGCCACACUGAUCUUCUGAAGAGCAUCCCA